AUGGAGAAGUUGCCAACAUUAAGCAAUCUCCAGCUGGGGCUGUUAAACUAUGACGAUAAGAGAGAACAGGAACUGCUUUCGAUUGUUCGUCAUUUACUAGUUUGUGUAAUUGAUGACCCUGGAAUACCUAACUGUCCAGAGGCUGUAUCCAUUCUUGACCAGAAACUAUGGGAUGUAGAUGUAACCAGCAACACUGUGUCUGAAGUUCUGCGUCUUUUCUUCGUAGCUCGUGAUCACACAAACAAGAUGUGCAAGUGGGUUACAGAAAAACCGUUUUUAUCUUUGAACCCUACACAAAAAUCAGAAAUUACAGCCUUUUUGUGUAACGAGCUGUUAUGCAGUCGAGUUGUCACAAAACAAAUUGAAUCCAACAUUGAGACACUUAGCAACUUGCGAAGAGAGAAGUGGGUUAAAGAAGGAAACCUACGAAAGUAAGUAUAC